GGCGGGCAUUUGGAGAGGAUCCCUAACUCGGGCCGAGAGGCAGAGCGUGUGCGUGUGUGUGUGUGUUGUGUUGUGUAUUGGCAGUGGGGUAAGUGGAGGUUGGGUGGCUCCGACUCUCUGACGCCAGUGAGACCAGAUCAAUCCAGGCGCAGCGGCAGAACGAGCUGGGCUGCUCAACGGCGGCGCUCUCUGGAAGCGAGAGCGAAAAAGCAGCAGCAGCGGCAGCGGGUGGGACUUUGCCCGCCUGUCCAGCAGCUGCGACGCGCUGCGCUUUGCACGGUCGUUUUUCCUUAUUCCCUCGCCUCGCCCCUCGCGGACAGCUGCUGCUAUCUAAACCAAUGAUGACUGUUUUGAAAGAUACCUGACUAAGACCUGGAACCCCAAAGACAUCUAUCAGACUGGAAUGUUGGGUUCAUUUUGCAAGAAUUUGGAAUUGGGAAAGAUCAUCUGAAUUUAUUCUGGACAGUUGUUUGAAGGAGAAAUAGGAUUUUUAACAUAGAAAUUGUGCUUCAAUAUUUCCUUCUAAUUUAUCACUAUGAAUGUAACAAGUUUGUUCUCCUUCACAAGCCCAGCUGUUAAAAGACUGCUGGGGUGGAAGCAAGGGGAUGAAGAGGAAAAAUGGGCAGAGAAAGCUGUUGAUGCCUUAGUUAAAAAACUUAAGAAGAAAAAAGGAGCAAUGGAAGAGUUGGAAAAAGCACUAAGUUGUCCUGGUCAGCCAAGCAACUGUGUUACAAUUCCUCGUUCCUUAGAUGGCAGACUUCAGGUUUCUCAUCGCAAGGGGCUUCCCCAUGUAAUUUAUUGUCGUGUGUGGCGCUGGCCCGAUCUUCAGAGCCAUCAUGAACUUAAACCACUGGAAUGUUGUGAGUUUCCCUUUGGUUCAAAACAGAAGGAAGUCUGCAUCAAUCCCUAUCAUUACAAACGAGUGGAAAGCCCAGUUCUUCCUCCUGUGCUUGUUCCUAGACACAGUGAAUACAACCCUCAGCACAGUCUCCUGGCACAGUUUCGCAACUUGGGACAAAAUGAGCCUCAUAUGCCACAUAACGCUACUUUUCCAGACUCUUUCCAGCAACCCAACAGUCACCCAUUUCCCCAUUCACCAAACAGUAGCUACCCAAAUUCGCCUGGAAGCAGUAGUGGUACCUACCCUCAUUCACCUGCCAGCUCUGACCCGGGAAGCCCUUUUCAGAUGCCAGCUGAUACUCCCCCUCCUGCUUACUUACCUCCAGAAGAUCAGAUGACCCAGGAUGGUUCACAACCAAUGGAGACCAAUAUGAUGGCACCUUCAAUUCCUUCAGAAGUAAACAGAGGAGAUGUUCAGGCAGUUGCUUAUGAAGAGCCAAAACACUGGUGCUCUAUUGUCUAUUAUGAACUCAAUAAUCGUGUUGGAGAGGCGUUUCAUGCCUCUUCCACAAGUUUGUUGGUGGAUGGCUUCACUGAUCCCUCCAAUAACAAGAACAGGUUUUGCCUGGGGCUCUUGUCAAAUGUUAACCGGAAUUCUACUAUUGAAAAUACUAGGCGGCAUAUUGGCAAAGGAGUUCAUCUGUAUUACGUUGGCGGAGAAGUCUAUGCAGAAUGCCUUAGUGACAGUAGUAUAUUUGUGCAAAGCCGAAAUUGCAAUUACCAUCAUGGCUUUCAUCCAACUACCGUCUGCAAAAUUCCGAGUGGCUGCAGCUUAAAAAUUUUCAACAAUCAAGAAUUUGCUCAACUUUUAGCUCAGUCAGUGAACCAUGGCUUUGAAACAGUAUAUGAACUCACUAAGAUGUGCACUAUUCGUAUGAGUUUUGUAAAGGGUUGGGGAGCUGAAUAUCACCGGCAAGAUGUCACAAGCACACCAUGUUGGAUUGAAAUUCAUUUGCAUGGUCCCCUUCAGUGGCUGGAUAAAGUUCUUACACAGAUGGGCUCUCCUCAUAACCCAAUCUCUUCUGUGUCUUAAAAAAAUUCUGAAUUUCAGAAUCUAGUGAGCCUUGCAUGUACUUGAAGGAUGUUUGGGUCAGACACAUGUACAAAACUGGCGGCAGCAGCCUUUACACUUGAUAUCUGUGACCAAUUGUUAGAUCAGGAAGAAAGCUCCUACUAAGUUAUUUUUAAAAAUUCAAUUUUCACAAUAGUAAUCUCUUUCCAGUCUUUAGGCAGGGGAUUGUAAAAGCUAGGGAUGGCCAACUUAAUGUCAAUUGAACACUGUUCUCAAGCAGUCUUACUUAGCAAACUAGCAUCACCAUAUGUGACUCAUUCAUUGUACUUUGUCCUGAAAUGAAUAUCCAACAUUGACAGUUAUACUCAAAGGAAAGUUUGCAUUGGUAUUUGAAAGUCUCGGUAAUAGUAGCUAUCGGGGGGGAGGGGGGAGGCUUCUGUGUAAUAUUCUGAAACUGUAUUGACCAUAAUGCUGCAAGAAUUUUUAGGUAUGCUCUCUCCUAAAUGUAUGUACAGUGUAAUUGGAAUAUAGAGAUGGACAAGAAAUUAGAUAAAUGUGGGAAUUGGGUGGGAAAUGAAGCUGACAAAGGACAGGUAGAAUUAUACUGUUAAACAUAGCCUGUUAAAACAAGACCAAGUCUUUCUGUGUGCAUUUCACUUUCAAUAGUGGCUUCAUCUUAAUAUUAACUAAUAUUUCUGCCAUCUGCAGCUUCAUAGAGAAAGGGUGGGUCAAUGCUUUUGUCGUGUACUGCAAGGUCUGUAGAUUUCAAGACAAAACUACAGUCUUUUUUUUUUUUAAAUGGGCAGUUUUAUGCAGUUCACAUAACAGAAGCAACUUUUUUAUUUUGUAAAACUUUUUGUGUUUUGCCAACUUGGCAGAUAUUAGCUUAUGUUGGGAGGACUUAAUCAACCUAUUCAAGUGUUUCAAACUAAAAGGUUAUUUUUUUUACUAUUUUAAUUGUUUUCUUUCUGCUAAUGUUUUUAUAUUCAUUCAAGCUGUAGUACUUUUUCAGUAUUUUUUUUAAUUCCAAAACGGGGGGGGGUCAUCCUUAUUGAAGUUCAAAUAAACAUAUUGCUUACU